CUGAUUUCUAUUUUAUUUUACACAUCUGCUGCAAGUUUACAAUUCACAAAAAUUCACUGUUCACUAAUGCUUUUUUUUCCUUAGUUUUCUUAAUUUAACUGGACACAUAUAUCUUUUUUAAGUAUUUGUUUUAAAUAGCUGAGUAGUCAAGUGCCAAAUAGGAGCAAGAACAUUUAUAACGUGUUUAAUAAUAAUAAUGGAAUUAUAGUUAGAAUAGGAAUACGAGUAGAAUACAUCACAAAGUUUACACUGAAACAGAAAUGUUUACACGGUCCGAUUAAGGUGGACUAAUGUUACGUCCAAACACUUGUCCAUAGUUUAUUUAGUCAAACUUAAAAAUAAAUAAAUAAAUAAAUAAAUAAAACACGUUUAAAAAAUUAAGAAGUAAAGGAUUAUAACAUUUAUAUAUUGUUAAUUUUGUUAUUGUUAACACGGAAAUUAAUGUGUCUUCAGCAAAGCGUUCAUACAACCGAAUUAGUUUUUUUUUUUAAACCUUGCACCAGGCUUUACCUUCAGUCGAUGGAAAACAAAUCAUGUUGAACUUCAAAUGAAAUAAAAUCUGUAGAAAUCAUUUAAUUUUUUUCCAUCGCUAACUGGACUCCAUUAACUCUGUUCCUUUUCUGACGAUGAUGAUGAUGAUAGUUCUUUCGUUUUUUUUUGCUGUAUAAAUCAUGGAAUAUAAUCCCGUAUGUUCAACAAAAAAUUAAAAUUGUUUUAUUUAUUAGUUAACUGAAAAGGUUAGACAUGCAUUUUGAAUAGCUUAACUAAUUAAAGGAACGCUAAUUUCUUGAAUACUGUUAUACAAGUUUGUUGUAUAAGUUACGUAUUAUCAGAGUGGCACACGUUUUUUUCUCGAUACACCAGCGUUUUAUAUGGUUAUGAACUGUUUUGUAUGAAGUGUUCCAUUGUUCUCGUAGUUCAUUCAGAAGCCCUCGUUAUCAAAAUGCCAUUUGCUACCAUUUUGUGUUUUUUUCUUCUUUUGGACCAUAUGAUUUUCACAGUGGCCGUGACUUCAGAACGCCACUCAGCCAAUGGCAGGCCACUGUUGCUUUUGUUACGAGGCUGGAGCAAAGACAUUCCACCUCCUGCACUGAAGGCGAAGGGGAAAGAAGCAGCAGCCAUAGCAGUGGAGCCAGAAGUGGCUGAGAUCCCUGCAAAGCCUCUUCCUCAGAUUAUGCUUCCUCGUAAUAUGACAGCCGAUGCUCUGAAACCCCCACUGGGGGCUGCACAGGUGGCACCGCCACCUCGUCGUCUGGUGGACGUCGAUGUGUGCAGAGGCUACUAUGACGUAAUGGGGCAGUUUGACAACACCUUUAACUGCACAAAGGGCACUUACAUCUACUGCUGUGGCACUUGCUACUACCGCUUCUGCUGUGAGCAUCAAGGCAACCGGCUGAACCAGGACAUAUGCUCCAAUUACAACUCACCCAUUUGGGCCAACACCCAGGUGCCUGCAACUCAGCCCCCAAACCGUUCAGAUCCAGACUUUGACCCUUUGCAGCAGCAGAGCAACAAUACGGUUUAUGUCAUCGGUGGAGUCAUCUCUUUCACGUUGGUCAUGGCCAUUGGGGUGAAGGUGGCUUUCCGCAAGGUCUCUCGUCGACCCAGGAACCGAGACCUCAAUAUGCCUAGAGCACUGGUUGAUAUAUUGCGUCAUCAGUCCAGCCCGGUACAGCAGAGUGAGAGAAACAACAGCACCAGUGCCACCACCAGCAAAGGUGCUAUCGGACGGCAGUCCAAAAACCAUUACACGCCCAUCCUCCAGAGCAAAGACAACCGGGUUGGGAAACACAAUUUAAUCCAGUCCGGGUCCAGUCCCAAACACACAGCUACUAUAGAACGUGUACCACGAAUGAACAAUGCCCAGCUAACCUCUGCAGGAACCCUGAUCUCCAGCAAGACCAACAACGCAGGCCAUCAUCUAAGCAUCUCUCAUUCCUUUCACAAUCUGGCUCAGCUCCCUCCAACAUAUGAAGCUGUUAUGAAACCUGAUAUUAACCGCUAUUCCUCCCUCAAGAGAUUAGAAAAAGAUCUGGAGGAUUACACGAGUUAUUAUACCUCAAAAAGACGACACAACGAUGCACCGCCUUCCUUCCACUCCUCCCAGCAUCAUCUGCCCUGGGGUGAUUACACACUUGAGGCGAGGGGUACACUGCCCCUACACUCCUCCCGACCCCAAAUACAUGUACCUACCUCCACAUCUACACCAAAUCCUUACCCUUUACCCAAGUCACCAUACAGUCCCACCUUUGAGUCGGUGAGCCAGCCUCCACGCCGAGUGAUGUCUCAAGACCAACUGUUGGCCUUGGGGGAGGGAAACACCCUGUCAUACUUGUCUAAAAACCAGCAGCACCAGUAUUACAAAGCCAUGGCCGCCAGCAAGAGCUCCAACUCAAAGGCACUGAGGAAGUCCCACGAACGCCUCCUGUUGUCACCUGAUGAAAGAAUGCUGGGGAGUGCGAUGGGUGACUAUGGGGGUCUGAUGCCUCACCUCAGCCAUUAUAAAAAAACGCAGUCGCAGCAGAACGUGUGUGUGACCCCAUCCCUUGACCGACACCACAUGAUCAAGAUGAAUUCACACCCGACGUCUGGCUGUGAACAGGAGUUCACGUCCAUCGCUGCUGCCAUGAACGCUGGCCAUGGAACUGGCACUCUGGGUUGGGGGGAGGGUCAUGGCUCCGCUGGUGGCGCUGGAACAACAGGCCAAAGCUCCCGCAGGAUGGCGUUUGCCGCAAAGCGACAGAACACCAUUGAACAGCUGCACUUCCUCCCCGUGGGAGGGGGAGGCAGUCAGGCACUGUGGACAGGGAGUAAGAACGAAGUCACGGUGUGAAGAAGGGGCGAGGCAGAAGAAGAUGGAAAAGGUUGAUGGAGAGAUUACACGUUUGCUCAAACAGAGGAGAGGACUAAUACUUUAAAGGGAGAGCAUAUGGUAGAAUGACAGGAGAUAAAAGGGAAGAUGGAAAAAGCUUUAGAGCAAGAAACAAUGCGAGUCUCAUAGCAGGAGAACUUGGUAUACUGCUAGGACAGAAAGUGAGGCAAUGCAUCGUUCUGGAGAGCCAUUUUUGCCCCUUGCUGCUUGUUGCUAAGAAACAGGAUAAGAUACACCCUUGAUAUGUGAAGGUAUUUUUAGGAUGAAACUAUGUGGAUAACUACGGUUUCUACUGUUAUCUGACUCUAUAUGGUAUAUACAUCUACAUGGAAGCAUUACAUCUAUAAAAAUUGAGCCAUACUUUUUGAACAUUUUAUGGUGGGGGAAAACAUAUUUCAUUCAUAAAAAGUUUUCUCCAACACAAACCUUCUCUAGCAAGUAUAGAUAAUUUUAUAGAAUAUAAUGCUUCAUUCUAGUGAGUUUUGUCGGUUAAGGAUCGGGACAACGUGACAGAAAGUAAGAGGUGGAAUCCUGAGUGCCCUCAGGAUUUGUGAAGACUGUAUAUUUGUGA